AUGCUGGGACUUCUUUUCAUCAGUGUCUCCCAUGGCUUCUUUUCUUCCUACCCUUCUCCUCACACUGCCAGUGGAUGCCGGUCUUCUUUGUCAACGAAAAGUAUCGUUGGAAUCGAUUUUGGAACGGAAAAAACUUGUGCAUCGCAUGCUCUUUGGAACAGCAUCCAGAAAAAACCGCCCCCUAUCUUUUCCUUGACCAUCAGCGACCGAAUCGUCUUCUCGUCAUGUCUGGCGCUUGGCCAGGACGAAAGGAUAUUGUGGGGUCAAGAAGCAUACGAUGGCCAGCAAGGAACCGUAUAUAAAUGGCUCAAGAUAUUUCUGUACGAUCCGGACCACCCAAUUCUACAAGAGCCAAAUGCACCACAGUUGCCAGAGGGUGUCUUGCCCGAGGAACUCGUCACUGUGUACCUUCGUCAACUCUACGACGCAAUCACUGAGAAGACCCGCACACUGUACCCCAAUUGCGAUGAAGGGACUGACUAUUGGUUUGGUUGGCCAGCCACCUGGUCCAACGAGAGCCAACAGAAAAUGAUGAGAGCGGUGCAAGACGCAGGAUAUGGUAACGGUCCCGAGGAACUCGUCACUGUGUACCUUCGUCAACUCUACGACGCAAUCACUGAGAAGACCCGCACACUGUAUCCCAAUUGCGAUGAAGGGACUGACUAUUGGUUUGGUUGGCCAGCCACCUGGUCCAACGAGAGCCAACAGAAAAUGAUGAGAGCGGUGCAAGACGCAGGAUAUGGUAACGGUCCAGAUCGCUUUUUCUUCGUGACAGAGGCCGAGGCGGUCGCAUUGUUUUUCACGUACCAUGAGCAUUAUAGAAAGGUUAGCAACGACUGUGGGUUAGCGGCUAUGGAUGCUGCACUGCGCGGGUACGUCAGGAGUCUCCCCGGAGUACCAUCCCAACGGUUUUUGGACAAAAUAGGCGAUUUGAAAAGAGGAUUCAAUGGGGAUGAAGUUCGUCCGAUAGUUCUUCCUGCAUCGGGCCAACGCACCGCUCUCCCAAAACAUAUCAAGGGAUGCUUGAAUCCAACUAUCGAAAAGAUUCUCAGUUUGAUCCUGGAAAACAUUGAUGCAUCACGCCAAAUGCAACGGCCAAUUUCGCAUGUCCUCCUUGCUGGAGGUGGCGGCAUGAUGCCUUAUCUCAGGAGUCAUAUAGGAGUGAAAUUAGAGGGAAUUGCUGAGGUGCUGUAUCUUAUCGAAUACGCGGCUAUUCCCCGCCUACAGUUUGACAGGAGCUACGGCCUCGAAGCUACCUCUGAGGCCAUUGUUCAUGAGGAAGGACUGGACAGGCGCAUUUUGAGGAAGACGUCCAUACCUUAUUGGAUUGGCCAGGAAUACGCGAUAGAUCAUGAAGAGAGUCACAUUUUCAACAUCUUUCACCGCGCCGGCGAUCCCGCGACGACCAUAAUCAAUCUUGUCGAGCAUCCCGGGAAGUGUCCAUCUCCCGACGACGGAACUCACAUUGCAAAUGAAAUAGUAACAUUGGUGCCCAAAGGUGUCUUCGAAUUUUGCCUCCAGUUGCAAGAUCGCGAUAGCAUAUUGCGCACAGGUGAUGAGUGCAGCAUUAAGGUGCAGAUCGCCUGGACCUUGAGAUACUCGAAACAGCAGGCGGAAGUGGAGCUCGUUGCUAGUGUGAAGGAUGCAGAACUUGGUCGAAAGGUUGGGAUCCUGGACGGACAUAGAUUGGUACAUUGA